GCAGGGUGUCGGCAGCUCUAGUGACGGGGUCCAGGCGAGGCUGACGAGGCUGACAGGAGACUAUGAAUGGGAUAAUUGUAUCAAUAUAUGCGAUCUUGAUGGACACGCAUCACUUACCCAGCCUGCAGCCCCCCAGCGUCGACUUUAUCGACAAUCGGCUUCCUCGUUAUCAUCCGGUCUUUGUCGACCCUCCCGCUCGCUACGAUGCGAUGUCAGGACAAUAUGUCGUUGCAAAUGUUCAGACAGUGGUUCCACGGCCAGUCAAUGCCAGUACAACACCACAUGGACCGAGUACAUUCGACACUCGUGCUCCAAGGCCGGCGUUAAAGGACCCCCAGACGUAUCGAUUCUGGAACGACAUUUUCCCUGAAGCGAUGCACAGUUUCCAGUGUAAGAGCGAGGCGCCGCGAGGCGUGUCGGGAACGGCGUACAAUAUUCGAGGCCAGCGGGAUUGGAAGGCUGUGUACGAGAUUCUCCAGGCAGCGCGAGACCAGUACAAGCAGGAGGGACUGUUUCGACGAACGAGACGGAAAAUGGCCGACCAUGUCGGCCCUGCCGUCGAGGCUGUGGAUGUAGCCUCCACGGUGGUCCCGGACAGCGUGUACUCGACUCCGAUUCUAGGGUCGCUGGCGGUUCUUUUGAAUGCCGUCAAAACCGCUGCAGGGGUGCGCAACGAGGUGCUUGGGAGUCUCGACAGCCUGAUUCCGACCUUUUCCACAGCGGAGCUUUUCCUGGGGGUAUUCCAAGAGGACGUCAAUAUCAGAGAGGCCGCCAGGCAGUUGACGGUGAGUACGCUGGUGGCGAUCGAGCAGGCGAUCGCUUUCUUUCUGCGUCAUGAGAUUCGCAAGGCAGGCAAGGCGAUCUUGCAGGGCGCCGAUUAUGAAAAGAAGCUACUCGAAAGCCUCCAGGCGAUCGGGAGGAGAAGCGCGGUUCUAGCGGAUGAAGCGCAAAAGUCUCACAUUUACCAGUCUCAUCUCGACAGCAUAGAGGCUCGGAGGACGCAGCGAUCGCUGCUCGAUGGACAGCAACGGAGCGCCGACACCCUCAACUCGAUCCACCGCUUGUUAGUGGAUCAUGUGCAGCAGAAGAGCCAACUUCGAGCGGCAGAGCAAGAGAUUCUCAUGCUGAGAGCCGAAAACGUCCGGCUACGCAGUACCUCACCCUUUGAGCCUGGAGGCUGGAUUCCCUCGCCCGCGCAGACAACGCCUAGCACGACCGUGUAUCUGAGCCAAGCGGCGCUGCGGCAAGUAUUGGAUAUCGCCGAGGGGAGCGCCACAGACACCGAGUUCGUGAACGACCGAAAGGAAAUGCUGCCCUGGAGACAACGCGCGCACGCCGAACAAGUUGUCAACACGCAGCAGUUCCAGGACUGGAUUGUGUCUCCGUAUUCCGCCAAGCUGCUUGUCCACUGGGACUUCCAGCUGCCAGAGUGCAUCGCGGGGAUUUCCCCUCUGUCUGUGCUGUGUACGACUCUCUCGCAGGCGCUCGGGGCCCAGGAACGGUUCCUGUCGGCGGUGUUUUUCUGCGGGCGACAUGUCGAGACAGCCAGAGAGCAAGAAGCCCUCGACGAGGACAGUGAUGGCAGCAGAAGCAGCAGCAGCAGCAGCAGCAGGAGCAGCAGUGGAGGCCGCUCCCUGCUGAACAGUCUCAUUCUCCAGCUACUGGAUCAACAAGCGUUCGACACCCGCUCGCUCUCCCAGCAGGUUGCCAUGAGUGUCGUGCAGCAGGGACAGCUGGACGAGCUGAUCCACCUGCUGGUGUGCAUGGUACGCCAGGUGCCCGAGACAACCACCCUCUUCUGUAUCGUCGACGGGGUGGCCUUUUUCGAACGCACCGAGUUCCAGGACGAGUCGCUGCGUGUGCUGUCGGCGCUGUUGGCUCUCGUGCACGACCAGGCCGUCUCGGCCACCGUCAAGGUGCUCUUCACCAGCUCACCGGGCACGGAGAUCGUGCGAGCUGCGUUCGAGCCGGAGGAUCUGCUUCUGGAUGUCAGUGGGUUGCCGGGGGGAGGGGAGUUGGGCGAGGAGAGGUUGUUGAGAGCUUUGCGUGGUGCCUGAGGCAUAUGCCUGAGGUAUAUGCCUGAGGCAGAGUGUAUGCCUGAGGCAGAUGGUAUGCCUGAGGUAUAUGCUGAGGUGUAUGCCUCAGGCAUACGCUUAUGUCUUACGCUACUUCAGCUUCAGGCAGAACAAUAGAAUAGAAUAGAACGCUAGCACCAAGAUACAACCUGCUCCCGCCACUCAGUGAUUAUUUCAACCAUUUCAUCUCCUAGGAUCUAAACAUGAAAAUCGGCCUGAUAGUCUGCAGCCAACGCAAGCCCCGCGCCGGGCUCCAAAUCAGCCAACUCGUCCUGCAGAGCAUCCAGUCGCUACAGACAGCCGACGUCUCGAUCGAACCCAUCGAUCUAGCAGAAUGGCAGC